GUUCAUUUCCAUAUAUACAUACAUGACCCAAAGAUUAGAAAGCAAAAAACAAACAGAAUUUCUCAGUCUGAAACUCGCUGCCAAUCUCCACGGUUUCUAGGGCAUGGAAGCGUUUCCUUCUUCUGCGAUUUUUGGAUCCUCAUCAUCAUCAUCGCUUCAUCUCUUUCGCUGUUGUCGCUGCUGUCGCUGUUGUCGCUGUUGUUGCUUCUGCUGCACCUAAUUCCGUAUAGCGUAUCUCUCUAAAACUCGAUUUUUCAAUUUUUGGGAUUUUGAUUGUUGUUUCUGGAUAUUUUUGGUGGUUAUGGGAUUCGCGGAGGCUCAGCCGGACUUGUUUCUAGGGUUUAACGCGCACCACUGCUCGGGGUCAACGAAUUCAGUCCAAUCCGUUCCGCUGCAAUUGCUCGACCUGAAGGAAGAGAAGAUUAGGGUUGAGAAUGGAGACGAUAGUCACGAGGAGGAAGAUGACGAGAAAUUCAGUCUCUUGGGGCACUCUAUCUGCCCGAAGAGGCCGAGGGAUGGGUCUGGGUUCGCUCUGAACCCGCCCCCGUCGAAGUGCUUAGCCGUCGAAUCGGCUGGACUGGAGGCGAGGCGGGAUGCGGUUCGCUCUUGGGGUAACCAACCGCUUUCGGUUUCGGACCCGGAAAUUCAUGAAAUUAUGGAGAAGGAGAAGCAUCGUCAGUUCAAAGGCAUCGAAUUGGUGGCUUCUGAGAAUUUCGUGUGCAGAGCUGUAAUGGAAGCUCUGGGCAGCCACUUGACGAACAAGUACUCCGAGGGUAUGCCCGGAGCAAGAUACUACACUGGCAAUCAGCACAUUGAUCAGAUUGAAUUGCUCUGUCAUGAACGCGCAUUGGCCGCUUUCAGUCUCGAUCCAGAGAAAUGGGGUGUCAAUGUCCAGCCUUACUCUUGUACCUCUGCGAAUUUUGCAGUCUACACCGGUCUUUUGCUCCCAAAUGAUCGGAUUAUGGGCUUGGAUUCGCCUUCCGGAGGGCAUAUGAGUCAUGGGUAUUAUACUCCCAGUGGGAAGAAGGUCUCUGCAGCUUCGAUAUUCUUUGACAGUUUCCCUUAUAAGGUGAACCCACAAACAGGGUACAUUGAUUAUGAUAAGCUUGAGGAGAGGGCAGUUGAUUAUCGCCCCAAGAUACUAAUUUGCGGUGGGAGUUCAUACCCCAGGGAGUGGGAUUAUGCCAGGUUUAGGCAUAUUGCGGAUAAAUGCGGAGCUGUGUUGAUGUGCGACAUGGCACAUAUCAGCGGUCUUGUGGCAGCCAAGGAAUGUGCAAGUCCGUUUGAUUAUUGUGAUAUUGUUACGUCAACAACGCACAAGAGUCUCCGGGGUCCUAGGGGAGGCAUUAUCUUUUACAGGAAAGGCACAAAACUAAGGAAGCAAGGAAUGCAUCAUACUAAUGGAGAUGGUAGUAGCCAUUAUGAUUUUGAGGAAAAGAUAAAUUUUGCUGUUUUCCCCUCCUUACAAGGAGGUCCUCACAACAACCAUAUUGCUGCUCUUGCCAUAGCCUUAAAACAAGUAGCUACUCCAGAGUAUAAAGCGUACAUGCAACAGGUGAAGAGAAAUGCACAGGCCUUAGCUAAUGCUUUGUUGAGAAGAAAAUGCAGAUUGGUGACUGGUGGUACCGACAAUCACUUGUUGCUUUGGGAUUUGACUGCUCUUGGUUUAACAGGGAGGAACUAUGAGAAGGUCUGUGAGAUGUGCCACAUCACUCUCAAUAAAACUGCUAUAUUUGGUGAUAAUGGUGCUUUUUCUCCUGGUGGAGUGAGAAUUGGUACUCCUGCUAUGACUACAAGAGGUUGUGUGGAGGCUGAUUUUGAGACAAUGGCCGAAUUACUUCUUAGGGCUGCUCAGAUUACUGUUAAUGUUCAGAGGGAAUAUGGAAAAUUUCAGAAAGAUUUUAGCAAAGGUCUCCAGAACAAUAAAGAUAUAAUUGAGCUCAGAAAUCGGGUUGAAACAUUUGCAUCCCAGUUUGCAAUGCCAGGAUAUGAUAUUUAAACAUGUGACAUCUCUCAUGCAUAUUAUCUUUUGCUUCUGUGGCUUACCUUGCUUGGUAACCAUACACAUUUUACUUUUGGCCCUGGUUCUGUUCUUGAAUUAAUCUCGUGUAAAUUACAAAGGAAUACCGAAUAGGUUGCCGAUCUUCGGAAGUAGCCCACAUUGCCACAUCCUCCCUGACUGUCUUUGUGAUUUUGUAUAAAUUAUAGAAAGGAAACAUUCUACUUCUUUGUGAAUGUGUAACCAAAUUUAUUGAAUUUUUUAGCUCUCUGACUCUGAACUGGAUUGUUGA